UGCAGAUACAGGUGAGGUUUCUUGUGGUGUGAUGGAUCAGUGUGAGGAGGACAGUGAAGGUUCCCAGCUCAGCGAGGAGCAGCAAGAGGAGGAGCAGCAAGAGGAGGAGCAGCAAGAGGAAGAGCAGCAAGAGGAGGAGCAGCAGCCAACGGAUCCGUCCAUCCUGCCCACAACCCAGGUCCAGGAGGGCGACAGUGGCGAUGAGUACGACACUGAUCUGGAAACAGACAAUGCCAAUCAAAGAAAGAGUUAUUCCCGUGCCGAGUUGUACCUGCACGCCUGUCAGUGGACAGGGGCCGUUCCCGUUUCCUCUUUCCUCCGCAACCUGGAUGAACCCAAUCUCAACCUGAACCACUAUGGUGUGGGACCUGUGGGGGCCAAAGCUCUCGCCAUAGUUCUGCAGAGUGACAGUGUCAUCACCAACCUUGAGCUGGAAGAUAACGGACUCGGGGCAGAGGGGGCGCGCUAUUUGAUGGAGAUGCUGCAAAGAAACAUCACCAUUCAGAGUCUAAAUCUGUCCAACAACCAGCUGCGCUUUGAAGGAGCGGACAUAAUCUCCAAAAUGCUGUUAGACAAUUACUACAUCAAAUACCUCAAACUCUCUGGAAAUGAUUUUGAUGAUUCUGCUGCUAGGUGCUUUACUGAAGCUUUAAAGGUUGAUAAUGUGGUCCAAGAGCUGGACCUCAGUUACAAUAAGUUCUGUGCUGGAGGAGAACACCUGGGUCAGAUGUUAGCCACAAAUGUAGGUAUUGAAAUCCUAAAUCUGAGCUGGAAUAACCUUCGCAUGCGUGGCGCAGUGGCUCUGAGUGCUGGGCUGAAGGUAAACUCGACUCUGAAGCAGCUCCACCUGUCAUGGAAUGGUUUUGGCCACAUAGAGGCAGAGUCACUGGGUCAGGCACUGAAACAAAACAGCACGCUGGUGCUGCUGGACCUCAGCAGUAACCAUAUAGACGACCUGGCUGUGACACCGCUCUGCCAGGGCCUGGCCUCCAACGACACCCUCAGGGUCCUCAAGCUUUCCCAUAAUCCCCUGUCAAGUACUGGAGCGCUGACGCUGCUCAAAACAGUUAGCAACAACAUGAAAUCAGCAUUGGCGGAGAUCGAUAUUUCUACCGUGUUUGUGUGCGAGGCCUUUGUGGAGCUGUUGAAAAAAGUCCAUCAGAAGCGUCCUGCUCUGAAUGUUCGGUACAGCAUCACACGCUCGGUCACCAGGAACCUAUUGGCCCUUCAGAUCUUUCAGAAAUUCCUUGAAGAGCGAAAUGAGAGCAUCAUGGACUUCUUCCAGGCUUUGGAUAAAGAAGCAACCAUGAAUGUCUCCACUUCUGCCUUCAGGAAGGCUGUACAGGCAGCGAACGUACCUCUGGAUCAGAGACAGCUUGAGUGGUUGAUCAGGAAGUUUGACAAGACCUGCACAGCCAACAUAAUGUACAGUUCGCUGAGCUGUCAUAGAUACAGAGACGUCAGGCACUACUAA